GACCCGGGAAUGACCGCGAGGCUUAGGCCUGGCCUACCUGUUGCUCACCGCCCGGCCGUGUCGCAGCUGCCCCGCUCGGCCUGCACCUGCUUCCUCGGAGCGCCCAGAGCCUGAGGCCGGUCGGGACCAGGCGGCGUCCGGCCGGAUCCUGCCGGUCUGUGGCUGCCAUGGCCACCCUGGCGAGCCUGCUGGCGUUCAGGGCAAAGGUGCCCAGUUGGCUCCUGUGCGGCCGGUGGGCCCCGCCACCCGCCCGGGGACUGGCCGGGACUGAGGUGCCAGAGUCGGAGCCGCGGCCCACCAGCGCGCGGCAGCGGGACGGCAUCAGGAACAUUGUCUUGAGCAAUCCCAAGAAGAGGAAUGCACUGUCACUUGCAAUGCUGAAAUCUCUCCAAAGUGACAUUCUUCAUGAAGCUGAAAGCAAAGAUCUGAAAGUCAUUAUCAUUUCAGCUGAGGGACCUGUGUUUUCAUCUGGCCAUGAUUUAAAGGAACUGACAGAAGAGCAAGGCUGUGAUUAUCACGCGGAAAUAUUUCAGACCUGUUCUGAGGUGAUGAUGCUUAUCCGGAACCACCCUGUCCCCAUCAUCGCCAUGGUCAAUGGCUUGGCCACAGCUGCUGGCUGUCAGCUGGUUGCCAGCUGCGACAUUGCUGUGGCAAGCGACAAGUCCUUUUUUGCCACUCCUGGGGUGAACAUCGGGCUCUUCUGCUCCACGCCUGCAGUUGCCUUGGGGAGAUCAGUGCCCAGAAAGGUGGCCUUGGAGAUGCUUUUUACUGGGGAGCCUAUUUCUGCACAGGAGGCCUUGCACCAUGGGCUGCUCAGUAAAGUUGUGCCAGAAGAGCGGCUGGAAGAAGAGACCAUGAGAAUAGCAAAGAAGAUUGCCUCCCUGAGCCGUCCUGUUGUAUCUUUGGGCAAAGCCACCUUCUAUAAGCAGCUACCUCAGGACCUUAGAACAGCCUACUACCUCACCUCCCAGGCCAUGGUGGACAACCUGGCCUUGCAGGAUGGGCAGGAGGGAAUCAAGGCCUUCAUCCAAAAGAGAAAACCCAUCUGGUCAAACUGAGCCAGUGUGACGAGGAGUAGGCCAGUGGGCAGCGCUCAGGAAGCUCCCAGCCCUUACCUUCUGAUGUCAACCACACCACUGCCUCUUGGUUGUGACAGAAGACAGCCUGCUUUUAUAGCAUUAAUUUUGGUUUCACAGUAUGUGAUCUAUAGUAAAAGCUAUAGUUCUGUGGGGAAAGGAUGAAGGAGAGUCAGUGAAGUGCUGUUUAGUGGCAGGUUAUUGAGCACCAUGGUGAGCCAACAAGGGUAGAAAGCCAGUAUCCUAUAUACUUCUCAGCACCUUCAUACAUAGGUGACAACCAAUUGAGGCACAAAGGAAGGACGCCAAUCAAUUCCCUCUAAGGCAGGGAAUUGACUCGUGACUGGUGAAACAUUUCAAAUCUCCACAAGAUAUUUGCCACCCUAAAAAUCUUCUUGAUUCUAUUGGGAAAUAAUCAUGCUUGUGGCUUUAGAAUAAUCUUAUGUGAUUUAAAUAAAUAUUUAUAGA